GAAAUCACUUGAGUUGCUCAUUGAUUUACAGUCUUUAUUGCUCAUUGUUAGUGUUCAACCAUCAAAAUUCAAUCGACAGUUUUUAACCAUGAAUUCAUUUUCAAUUUUUUUCACUUUUCUAGCCUUAUCCAGUUCAGUUGGUUUAGUUUUCUCGAAAUGUCACCUCAAGGAAUUGGAUUUUUGCUCAGCUUCAGUUGCAAUGCUUCUCCAAAAUCAAGAAACACCAAAAACAGAGGCAGCCAUUAAUCAUUAUUGUGAGGUGUUGAACGAAGCACACGAGUGUGUAGCUAAUUUCACCAGCAAAUGUGCGACUCCAUUGCAACAAGAGUUGGUUGAGUUUUUCGCAUCUGGAGGCCUCAAUACUGUCAAAGAGUUUUGUACAAGCGGCAGUCAGCUUCGAAACAAUUACAUGGCUAAUGUUGAGUGUUUAGCUAAAGCUAGGAUUGAAGCUAAUUCAUGCCUUAAAGAUUUACAAGUGGCAGUUGAAGAAGUGGUCUCGGUUGAUCAACAAAAUCGAUUACCAGUUGGUUGUUGUGCCUUCAAUCGCUUUCAAGAUUGUACCUUUUCGAUUGUCAAUGCUCGAUGUGGUCCAAAGGUUGUUGAAUUGGGACGAAAAGUAUUGACAAUGGUUACAUCAAGGAUUCCUGAAGCCAUUUGUACAUCUUUUGAUGCUAAAAGUGACCUUUGUCUCGCUAUUUUACCAAAAACUGGUCAAAAUCCUCGAGGAAACCAAUCAUCAAGUCCAAUUGCUAAAAUUUUCGCCACUUUUUUCGGUAAUUCCGGAAUGUAAUUUGAUUCUUGUAUCACUACAAUUUUAGUCAUGUUUACGGUUAACAUUUAAAUUAACUUUGCCUGCAGCUACAAAAUUGUCAUUAAACUAUUUAAUUUGAAACUGAACCGACUUUAAGGUAAAAGAUUCAAGAUUUUCACUGAUAAAUUGAUUAACUGUUGACAACUGAACACAAUGUUAACCUGACAUUAAGUUUAAGUAAAUCAACAAAUUAAAGGAUAAAUCAGAUGAAAUAUGAAAUCUCAAUUAAGUUAAUUAAUGGUUUGCAAAUGGUUUAAUAAAAAAUUGUCAAUCAA